UUUGAUUUUAUCAAAGAGCAAUGCAAACAAAGUGAACCAACAAAAGCAGAAAACUUUUCAAGUGGUGAAAAAUGCUCGAGUGCUGCAGCUUCAGAUUUAUGCAGGAAGAAUCGAAGAGAAGCAUAUAAUGGAGUUGGCAUGGAACUAAGGAUUCGCCUGCAUUGCUCUCAAAGGGCUACUCAGUUUCACAUCAUGAAAGAUUCUCAUGUUAUUUUUGGGAAUUGCACCCUUCACCCGGGUCUCUAUGGAAUUGGUUGUUUGGCUGUUAGAAGAUGAGAGUGGUCUCUGCAUCUCUGCCUCUCUGCCUUGUCUAUGGCGUGUUUGCCCCUAAUAUAUCUGGAAAAAACGCGCAAGGUGGGCAAUGGUGAAUAUCCUCCAAUUCGUCAAAGAUGGUACUAUUUUCUUUGGGAAAUCAACGUAGUGAGUAUCAAACACUCAUUUAUAUCUCCACGAGUGCUUCAAUUCCACGAAAAUAAAACAGAAAUACCAACAGAUAAAGAAAAGUCAUUUCAUAUAUAUAUUUUUUCUAUAGCUUUAAAGGAACGAUUACAAUAGAAAAGGUAUUGAUCAAGACAUAGGAGCAAGGUUCUAAGCUGGUAGUCGAUAAGAGUUCAAGGCAACUUAGGCAGUGAAGAACCAUUUGCAGGUUUCGGCUGAUUGACGUUGGAUUUGGCGAACCAGGUGGUGUACAGAAAUUGCUUAUGGGGCCCUACAUGGUUGCAUAUUAACCUGAGCUUCUGCCUCUCCCUCAUCCAUCUCAGCACUAUCUUCAUGUGCCUUUUGCUGGUCAGUCCUCUCAACCCAACUUGCUGCAGAGGUUGCAGAUGAAUUAAUCAUCCAAAUACUCAUAAUGUUUGUAAAUGUGCAAUCAAAAUAUGAGGAUCUACUCAACAACUACACUUAUAAAAGGUUAUGGUCUUUGAUUCUGCACUGAGGAACCAAGAUGUGACAAAUUGGAAUCCUUCUUCACCUUAAAAGCUACAAGUAAAAUACUGGAAAAUAAGGGCAUCUGUGUUUUAGGUUUGGAAAGAAUAAAGAAUGGAGGAUUGAGAGAGAAGAAUUACCUGGACAUGUUCCCAGGUGUCGGCGAUGGUGAGAGGACCGUGCUCCUUUACUAUAUCAAAUAUAACCCUAGUGAGGGUUUUAGUUUGCUCAGGUGGAGUUUUUAGCUCUAUAGGUUUCUGCUUUGGCUUCGGUUUCUUUGCCAAAUACCUGAUCGCUGUUGCAAACAUGAUGCUGUUGCUGCCGAUUGAUUUUGCCUUUCACCUUUUCUCCAACCCCAAAACUACCUAAGAACAAAACGUAGGACUAGUACGUUUGCCCAAGGCAAAACGACGUCGUUGGAUCUGAGGUGAAAAAGAUGAAAAAGGGUUUUAUUUGAUUAAAAGGAUCCUGUCUUCUUAAAAAAAAAAAAUCACAUACUUCUAAAAACGUGAUUAAAAAUCCCUUUUAAUCUAAUGUGCCGCCUUCUUCCUUCGAGUGGUCUCUCAUGUCUCACAGGAAGCACCCCAAUGAACCGUGAAAUCGCGUGUAAUGGUCAAAUUCUGUACAAAGACAUGUCUCUUCAUUCUCCCGAAAACCUCCUAUUGUCAGCUGCAAACUCAAUCUUUCAUUCCCUUCUCUGUACGCCAAGAACAAAAGAUUUUAGAAUCGCGGCUUGUGUCAGUCCUUCAUGGCUGCACCCACAUCAACCAAGUCAAACAAGUGCACGCCCACAUCUUCCGAAAGGGUCUGGAACAGUGCUGCUUUGUUCUCGCCAAGCUCCUCCGUACGCUCACCAAACUCGAUGUCCCAAUGGACCCCUAUCCGCGCCUUGUCUUCCAACAAGUUGAAUACCCCAACCCAUUUCUUUGGACCGCGCUUAUUCGCGGUUACGCUCUUCAAGGGCCCUUUAUGGAAUCGGUUCUUCUGUAUAAUAGUAUGAGAAGGCAAGGCAUUGGCCCUGUUUCGUUUACUUUUACUGCACUGCUCAAGGCUUGUAGCGCUGCUCUUGAUGUCAAUUUGGGGAGGCAGGUACAUACCCAGACGAUUUUGAUUGGCGGGUUUGGUUCUGAUUUAUAUGUUGGGAAUACUUUGAUUGAUAUGUAUGUGAAAUGCGGGUGUUUGGGUUGUGGACAUCGGGUAUUCGAUGAAAUGCUGGACAGAGAUGUGAUUUCUUGGACUUCUUUGAUUGUUGCAUAUGCGAAGGUUGGAAACAUGGAGGCUGCAAGUGAGUUGUUUGAUGGAUUACCCAUGAAGGAUAUGGUGGCAUGGACAGCAAUGGUCACAGGGUAUGCCCAAAAUGCUAGGCCAAGAGAGGCAUUGGAAGUUUUUGAAAGAAUGCAGGCUGCAGGCGUUAAAACGGAUGAGGUUACCUUGGUUGGUGUCAUUUCAGCAUGUGCUCAACUAGGUGCAGCUAAGUAUGCUAAUUGGGUCCGGGACGUUGCAGAGCAAUCUGGAUUUGGGCCUACCAGUAAUGUUGUUGUGGGAUCUGCAUUGAUUGAUAUGUAUGCGAAGUGUGGGAGCGUAGAAGAUGCUUACAAGGUUUUUGAAAGAAUGGAGGAAAGGAAUGUGUAUUCUUAUAGUUCAAUGAUUGUGGGGUUUGCAAUGCAUGGUUUGGCUGGUGCUGCAAUGGAAUUAUUUGAUGAGAUGUUGAAGACAGAGAUAAAACCAAACAGGGUCACGUUUAUAGGUGUUCUUACUGCUUGCAGCCAUGCAGGUAUGGUAGAACAAGGUCAGCAAUUAUUCGCAAUGAUGGAAGAAUGUCAUGGUGUUGCACCAUCAGAGGAUCACUAUGCCUGCAUGGUGGAUCUUCUUGGUCGAGCUGGACGCUUGGAAGAAGCUCUCAACCUUGUAAAAAUGAUGCCCAUGAAUCCCCAUGGGGGCGUGUGGGGAGCACUGCUUGGGGCAUGUCGCAUCCACGGGAAUCCUGAUAUGGCCCAGAUUGCUGCAAGCCAUUUGUUUGAGCUUGAACCCAAUGGUAUUGGGAACUACAUCUUGCUUUCCAAUAUAUAUGCUUCAGCAGGCAGGUGGGAUGAUGUUUCAAAGGUAAGGAAGUUAAUGAGGGCGAAGGGUCUGAAAAAGAAUCCUGGAUGCAGCUGGGUUGAAGGAAAGAAAGGGAUAAUUCACGAGUUCUUUGCAGGUGAUAUGUCCCAUCCGAAGUCCAGGGAGAUUAAGCAGGCACUGGAGGAUCUUCUCGACAGAUUAAAGUAUCUUGGCUACCAGCCAAACCUGAGUUCUGUGGCCUAUGACAUUAGUGAUGAAGAGAAGAAGCGGUUGCUAAUGAGUCAUAGUGAGAAGCUUGCUCUGGCGUUUGGCCUGCUCACUACAAAUGCUGGGUGCACCAUUAGAAUUGUGAAGAACCUCAGGAUAUGCGAAGAUUGCCAUUCAGUAAUGUGUGGUGCUUCUCAGAUCACAGGGAGAGAAAUUGUUGUCAGGGAUAACAUGAGAUUCCACCAUUUUCGCGAUGGGAGAUGCUCCUGUGGUAACUUCUGGUGAUGGAAGCAUGGAUUGGAACUGCAACAUUGACCAAUUGGAUUUUUUCUUUUCUUUUCUCAUUUGAAGUUUGGUUAAUCUUACACCAGUACAGAGCCUAUUGAAUUUGAAUCCUAAUUAUCCACCCAAGUUGCCACCUUUGUACACUCUUCUGCACAAGUACUUGCUCCAAACUGGGCUCUGAAGGAAGAAGAGAAUAGAAUUGACAAGGAUGGAUUUAAUCCGGCGACCUACAAUAUCAUUUACACAAUGAUGAACUCCAGAUGUCAUCUUUAAGCAAUCAUCAGGAAAUCGUACUGUAGCAGUCCCAGUUUUCUUUUCCAUCCGUAUUGGAUUUAUUUGAAUUAAUCCCCAAUUUUAUAAACGCCUAAUAUAGCUAGCAUCUCCUCUGUAUUAUUACAGUCAGGAUUUUGCGAUAACUAUAAUUUUGAGAAUGAUUCAAUUGCAACUAGGAAAUUUAUUUAUUGGGUUCAUUAGUACCCCAAGAAUUUAACACAUCAUUGUAAUUUUUAGAA